AUGUCCGAUCAAGCCAAUAUAACAGCUGCAUCUCUAUCUCCUGAGAGAUGGACUGCGUCAUCCAACGAGGCGUUACAGAUGUUUGUCACUGAUACUAGGGGAGCAGCCAAACCAUUUCAACCAGUCUUCACAUAUCCAAUCUUUGGGGAUUCUGAAAGUAUAUUUGGAUUUCAGGAUUUAGUGAUUUUCUUAUGUUUUGACUCGGUGACCUUCCUUCCAUUUUUGAAUGUUAAGUUUAGUGCCAAAUUGAAGGAUGAAGAUAUUGAAGUUGACCCAAAAACUAAAUUAUUGGAAUACUUACCAGAACUGACAAUUUACAAAGACGAAGCCAAAUGGCGUGACUUGAUCGAAGAGGAACAAGUUGGCUAUAAAAUACCAGGGGACAAGGUAGAGGGAAGUGAUUUCGAAAAGAAUGGGGAGAAAUACGAGAUAUAUAGAAUUGAUUUAAAUUCCGUUAAAGGGUUAGAAUUACAUAAACGGUUACAAAUUUUAGUUUUGUUAUUCAUUGAAGCUGGUUCGUAUAUCGACAGCGAAGAUCCAUUAUGGGAUUUAUACGUGUUAUACCGAGUUAGCAAUACGGAAUUACCAGAGAUUGUUGGGUUUACCACUGCAUAUAAUUAUUGGAAGUAUCCAGGUUUUGAAAAAUUUGAUCAAGGAAUAGUUCAGUUACGUAAAAAAAUAUCUCAAUUUAUUGUGUUACCGACUGAUCAAGGUAAUGGAUUAGGGGCAGAAUUUUAUUUGAGAUUAUAUAAAUAUUGGUUGAAAGAUGAACGUUUAAUUGAAAUAGUUAUUGAAGACCCCAAUGAAAGCUUUGAUGAUUUAAGAGAUCGGGUUGAUUUCACUAGGUUGGUUGAAGAAGAAGUAAUUGAUUUGAAAGAAUUGAAUGUUGAAUUGGCCAGCGAUUCUAAAUGGUAUUCACAAGUUAAAAAUCAUGAAAAAUUAGAAAAGAGACAAUUUCUGAGACUAUUAGAGAUGAUGUUACUUUACAAAUUAACCAAAAUCCCUAACCAUGGUCUUGAUAAGAAACUGAUUCGUUUAUUUAUCAAGAAAAGAUUAUAUGAAAAGAAUAAAGAAGCAUUGGCUACUUUAGACGAACCUACCAGAUUGGAUAAGCUACAAACCGCUUACCAUUCGUUAGAGCAGGACUACUAUCGUAUUUUAGAGCCAGUGAAACUUUUGUCGGGUCCUCCUUUGAAGAAGGUCAAGGUUUAA